GUCGGCAUGAUGUUGCAUCCUCCAUUACGACUCAACGCUCGACGCCCUGCUCGUCUUACUUCCCCUCCACCAUCGCAGCAAAUCCUUCGCCGAACACCUUGACCUCUUUCUUCACAACUGCACUUCUCAAGCCCACCAACUCCGAGGCCGAUGAAGCUCUCCCACCUGCUCCCGGCCGCCCUAUCCGGCGCAGGCCUGAUCCACGCCGCCGUCUUGCCGGCCCCCGACUCACCCUACAAGGUACAAUGGACGUCGACGGAGCUCGUCGACCCCGCGCGGCCGGACCCCUUCAACGCCACGCACGCGCGCCGCAUCAUGAUCUCGCGCUUCACCCCGGUGCACCCCCGCGACUGCGUCCGCACCUGCCGCGUGCCCUACAUGAACGCCUUCAUGUCCUCCGUCGAGGACGCCAUCAUCGACGCCUUCGUCGGCGCCGACAUCGGCUGGCCGCACGGCGUGCUGGGCCGCAUGGAGCUGGAGCUGUGCUGUGCGGUGCGCGCCCCCCAUAACACCAACACCAAAGUCCAUGACCCGCACCACCACCGGCGCUUCCCCACAAUCCUCUACGGCACAGGCCGCAACACCACCCGCCUGCUCUACUCCGCCGCCGCCCAGCACCUCGCCAGCGUGGGCUACGAGGUAGUCGUGAUGGACCACCCGUACGAGACCGACGCCGUGCAGUUCCCCGACGGGUCCGUCAUCUACGGCGGGCGGGUGCCGCGCGACCCCGACGCCGUGGAAGCCCUGGCGGCCGCGCUGGAUGUCCGCUCCCGCGAUACGACGCUGGUGCUGGAUUAUUUGGGGGUGGGGCGCGAUGAAAAGGGGGUGGUGGGGUUUGUGGGGGAUUCGUUUGGCGGGCCGGCGGCCGCGGAUGUGAUGCGUAAGGAUGCGAGGGUGGGGGCGGGGGUGAAUAUGGAUGGGAUGAUGUUUGGGCCGGCGGUGGAUGAGGGUGUGGAGGGGCCGUUUUUGAUGUUUGGGUCGCCGGGCCAUAACUCGUCGAGUGAUGAGACGUGGGAGAGGUUUUUUAAUGCGACGGGGGAGAAUUAUCCGCGCAGUUGGAUGAAGGAGUUGAGUUUGGAGGGCGCGAUACAUGGGUUGUUGAUUGACUUUGCUCUGGUUGCAGACGUGGCGGGUCUGAGGGGUGAUGACAAGCAGGUGGUCGGGAACUUGAUUGGGACCAUUACCGGAGCCCGGACUAUGGAAAUCUUGCGGGCGUACCUGUCGGACUUCUUUGAGUUUACGCUCGAUGGCAAGGGUAAGGGGCUGCUUGCUGGGCCGAGCAAAAAAUAUCCCGAGGUAUUGUUCUUGUAGCUCCGGCUGGCGGUUUGUGUAUACCGUCGGACUUCCCAGGAUAUUAACAUAACAGCGAUGGCGUGAUGCCCCUGACCGAACCAUGAGUUAGCUCAACUUCGGUAGUUUCAAGGCACAAAGUUACUGGGAUCUGAUUAUUUAUCGCGCUAUAAAGGUGUAUAAUGCGUAGUAAUGGUUCAGGUACCUCGCUCUGGGCGAGGAGGUAAAAGGCGUUGGUUGUUAGGUAGGUCAGCAGUGUUGGCAUUGCUGCCCAACCUGCUCCAGCCUCUCAAAUGCAAAGCUACCUUUAAAAGC